CGCGGGGGGCUCUGUUAUCUAACGAGGGAUCAGUCCAUAAAGCCUGGUCUCGCUCAUCUACGUAAGCACCCUGACCCGCCAGCUCCCAGCUCGCUAUGCCUCGUGGAUCCGAAACGGGUGCAAUUGACGUAUUGCCACCGAAACACGCGCGUUCAAUUCCUAGGUAGCUACGAGGAUGGCCGCCGCUUUGGAAAGUGCGCAUAGCUUUCUUUCCAAAGAAAUAAUCGAUUUGAACGAAUAAUGAGCGCUCCAAUCAGAUGAGUGGCUGCCUGGAAAUGCGAUUUAUCAAGGAAAGUCGCGUGUUGUUGGUGCCUUCCCUUGAGUCAAUCUUUCCCAACUUCUUUUUUCUUUUUUUCCAAGCCGCAACCCUUCAGCCCCCAGGCCCCCUGUACCGCGUGAGACGCGUUUCUGGGUGACGAUUGACAACAACUCCCCACCACAUUCCCAAUUUUCCAAAUGCUUAGCACGCCGACAGACGAGGGAGACGAGGGUGCUCCGCCGCCCUCGCAGUCUCACUUUGCAAAGUACAAGCAUUUCACGCCCAACGACGCGGCAUCAUUUGACGAUGAAUUUGCCCGACUCGCCUCAUCGCAGGAAUGGGUUCCCGGUUCCCAAAACUACACCCGACAACGCACCAUCGCCAUGAGGGAGGAACUCGAGCUCCACUACUUCUCGCAGUCGCAGUCUCAACAACUUGACGACAUCGACGAAGAAACAGGAGAAGAGCUCACCCCCGAAGAGAUAAAACUCCGAGGUUACCAAGCACUCUGCCACGAGGUCGGCAUUGAUCCGAGCGACUCGGUCGCAGAGUGCAAGAGACACCUGAAUAAUACCCUCGUCAACAUUGUUGACCUCAUCGAUGCCCGGCGGACCGGCAAACGUGUCAAAGUGUGGGACAGCUUCCAGGAGUUCCGGGCCUACACCCUCCUCGACAACCACAGGAUCGAUAUCACAGAGGCGAAGCGCCCUCCAGGCUACCUUGCUUCAUUAUUGCAACGUUUGUCAGGUCCUCGAUUGCGUAGCAAAAAGGGUGUCUCCAAGCGUGGAUCGGGCCGCAUCACCAAACGUAAGGCGGCUUAAAAGCAACAUUUCGGGUUGCAUCUGCCACCCUCCGUCCACCGUCGACAACCUCUAUCCGGACGUCGAACAGACUUGUCGCUCGCCAUCGUGGCGACGCCUCAGAGCUGCACGGGGGGCGGCAUUGACAGGCGGUUGUGUGAGGCAAGACUUGGAAGCACGAUUUGGGAGCCUAGAUACGAUGGAUUAUGUUCCGGAUUUAGCCAUCCUCUAAUUGUACACGAUACCGGCCCAACCGCCGAAGCGGCUGUGGCAGAUGGAGCUGAUGUGCAAGUCUAUCCUGUCCCUACUUACUAGUGUCUGCUGUUCCAUGGCAUUCCCGGUUCUCCGUCAACUGGAUCGCCUCUGCUAUCAACUCC